AUGUUUGGAUUCAGGAAAAAAGCAGACUCUGCUACUCCUGAUGAAAAAAAUGGAACGAAACCUGGUCGGAGAACUUCCUCCGAGCCAGUUCUUGUCACACCAGAUGACGAUGAUUCAUCUGGUGUGACAAGGAACAAACAUAAAAGUAAGACAGAGGAUUUUGACAACAUGUCUAUGCAAGAAUUGGAGGGGUAUGCUGUAGACCAAGCUAAGGAGACAACAAGCUCGGUGAAUAACUGUUUGAAGAUAGCUGAGGAUAUUAGACAGGAAGGUGCUCAGACACUCGAUACCUUGCAUAAGCAAGGCGAGCAAAUUCAUCGUACUCAUAUGAUGGCUGUUGAUAUGGAUCGCGAUUUGAGUAAGGGUGAGAAGUUAUUGAACAAUCUUGGUGGCAUGUUCGCGAUGCCUUGGAAGGCAAAAAAGACUCACGAUAUUAAAGGGCCUCGAACUUCAAAAGAUGAUAAUCAUAAAGGGAAAGGUAGUGCAAGUGAAAGGGAAAAAUUAGGUUUAUCAAAUGGUAAAAAGGGGAAAUCAGCCUCUAGUACACCUCCUCCUGAAUCGAUGAACGCUAUGCAGCAAAUUGAGUCUGAGAAGUCGAAGCAAGAUGAUGCACUUUCGGAUUUGAGCAACAUAUUGGGUGAUCUAAAAGGCAUGGCUGUUGACAUGGGAUCUGAACUUGAAAAGCAAAACAAAGCUAUAGAUGAUCUUGACAAAGAUGUAGAUGAAUUAAACUCUCGAGUUAAAGGUGCAAAUCGACGUGCACGUCAAAUAGUUGGGAAGUGAAAGAAGAGGACUCUUGCUUUUCCUAUGUUGCUCCGACUCUUCAAAAUUGUUGUUGUACUCGUGUCAGAUCCUCCAAAAUGCACUACUUUUGGA